UUCCCACCCGCGUCCCAACUCCUCCUUUUGCCUAUUAGAAGGUGAGGCUCCGCUAUUUAUAAGAGGAUCGCACCAGGACGAAAACCGAGUCAGUCCCUUCUUUCGCGCUCCUCUCGCACUGGCUCUCUUUGCUUCGCUUCUUAAACACGACACGGAACCCACUUUGUAAGCGAAGAGCGCUCGCGACGGACGCACGACUUGAUAUUCAAAAUGGCACUCGCUAGACACUCUGUUUAGCAGUAGCUCAUCGACGUUCAAACGAGACGCUUUCAUUUCUUCUCACUAGUGAUUUGCCACGAACGAAACGACCAUCGAACAGUUUGUGCAAUCCAGAAGUGUGGAUGGUUUUUUGUUUUGUUUUGUUUUUUUCAACUCAUUUGUUUUACGGUCAGUCGACGAUUAAUCGAGUCAUCGCGGACUGUAUAAGACGAACGUGCGGUUUCUAGUUGUCGACAACUGAUUAUCAAGCCGCUGACACCCAACUGGAAAGCCAAUCAUGUUGCCUUCGUUUUGUCGAGUGACGGGCAACAGCCGCAACCUUCCCAAACCCAAUUAUUUCCCGCUGCUGCCGCCCAUUUCGCCGGUGGAAGCGCGUCGCAUUUGUCGGUUGAUGGGCAAAUCGGUUGGCAGUUCAGACGAAGAACUUCGCCACACGUACGUCCCUCUGAUUGAAUUCGCUCGAAUCUCCAGAGCCGUUAAAUGUCACAUCACCAAUCACGCCGACGAACAGCAUCAUUACCAGCAGACGGCUGGAACGGGAGUCAACGGUCCGGCCGAGAAGUGCCGCAUCACAGCCAAACAUCAAAUCAACGAGUCGUACAAAUAUCUUUAUCCCAUCAUCGGAGCCAAAGAUACAAAUCUCAAACAGCUGAAAUCCAUUCUCGACAGAAUGAGUAGUCGGCUGGACACGCUGACGUUCCAGCCUGGCCAACGAUUCGUCUACCAAUUGGACGACCAUCACUUGAGUUUAGUAUUGCCCGCCGAUAUGGAGGCGGCCAUCCGUCGCGGCGAGAUUGAGAAUCUUCUGCUGUCCAAAGACGGUUCGAGCGUCCUCAUCCGGCUGAAAGACGGGCCCAGUUUGACCCUGAAUCUGCGACCCAUGACUCUGCCCGUCCCCGGCGACAUGCCUCCGCUGCUGGAGGGAGGCGGCCAAGACGACGAAAUCCUCGCCAAACAGCGCCAAAUCCGCCAGUACAAGAAACGCAAAAUAUCGGAUCCCAAGAAAAACAGCGCAACGACACCGCCGGAAGAAUCCGAUAAAUCCGAGCAAAUCAUCAUCGCCGACUGGACGGACCGAAUGGAGAAAUUGACGGCGUACCAUCGAAGCGCGUCCAAUUUGCUGACGCUGGGCUCCGAUUGGCGGGAGUUGCUCUAUCCGAAAAUCGACAAUUGGGAUUUCGACUCGCUGCCCGUCCUCAAGGAAGAAGAUUUGCCCGACCUGCCCAUCCGCAAUUUCGAUCCUAUUCAACUGCCGGCCAACAGUCUGUCGCCCGGCUUGAUCCAAUCGAAUCGAGUGCCCAUUUUGAACGAAGAAACGGUCGGCUUCGAAGCCGUGCCCAUCUUUGGCGAAGUCAUCCGGCCCUUCAAGGGCAAAUUGCCACCCAACUUUGUCCAAGAGCUGGAUCGAAUCACGGCCACGCAAGCCUCCUCUUCGACCAGUCAAUUGAAAGAUCUUUUCAGCGACGUGGAAUCGCUCAUGUUCCUGCCGUUCAUUCACGAGGUCGGAUCCAUCCUGGAAGCCGUCGACGGCGGUCGCAAGGGUUGGAUGGUGCGCAGCGAACAGGACGGCGUUCGAUUCGUCACAGCCCGGCCAUCCGGAAAGGAUCAGGACAAAAUCAGAGCCGUUGAAGGUAUGAUGGUUCCAGUCGGCCAAGGCGAGGAGCGUUUCGUCGUUGGACAACACGUUCCCAAAUCCACGACGGGAUUCGUUCCGGGCAAGAUAGUUGGAGAACAUUUCCAGCCCGGAUGCGUCGUGCAGGGAGUCGAAGGAGUUGGAUUCCUGCCCGGAUGCACCUUCGACGGAGUCUUUGCUGCCGGACAAAUCCUGCGAGACGGCAAAUCGGCCCAGUUCAUUAACGGCCAAUCCGUGCAGACGCUGUUCGGGCCGAAAUUCUUACCGGGACGAACGAUCCAGACAGACGGGGAAGGAUUGAAGUUCGUGGCUGGACAAACAUCGUCGGUCGACGGCAAGUUUUACGUUGGUCAAAUCUUCCAGACGAUCAACGGCCCGACUUUCGUCAGCGGGGUCACAUUCGACACGCCGCAAGGUGCUUGUUUUGUGGCUGGCCAAGUGGAUGUGGACGGCCAAUUUGCUGCCGGACAGGUCUUGAUGGAUGGACCGAAUGGCAGGGCGGAAUUCACGAUGGGCGAAAAUGUCGAAACGGCCGACGGCCCACUCUUCCUCGCCGGUCAAAGUUACAAGACGCCAGACGGACGCACCCGCUUCUGCCCUGGUCGCCAAAUGGCCCUGGAGGACGGCCAAAAACUGUUCGUACCGGGCGAAACGAUGAUAUCGAAGGAAGGCAGUCAAUUCGUUGCUGGAGUCUUGGCCGAGGAGAAAUUCAUCCCAUGCCAAAUAGACGUGACGCAAAACGGCCGUCUGCUAAUAGCCACCAAAGAAGAAGAGGUUUUCUUUCGCACGGGGGUGAGCGAUGGCUUGCCCAUCGACAACAGCACGUUGACGGCCAUGCCCAGGAAGAAACCCGACAUGGGCUACAUGAUCCAAGUGGAGGAGAAAGUCAAAUUCCUACCCACCGAACAAGGCCACGAUGAAUUGAUGAUUGGCCCGGCCAACGGCGAAGACGUCAAAGUAGUGCCUGGCCAGCUGAUGGAAAUGGACGACACGCCUAAAUUCGUGCCGGGCAAAUCCAUCGAGAGCGCCCUGGGAAGCAUUUUCAUUCCGGGUCAGGCGGUCAGGACGGGACCCAACAAAAUCGAGCAAUUUGUACCGGGUCAAGUCAUCGACACGGGCACGACGACAUCCGUCGAAGGUUUUACCGGACCCAUUUUUUGUCCAGGUCAAAUGGUCAAUUGCGAGAGUGGCAAGAAGUUCGUACCGGGCCAAGUGUUUGGUAGCAAAACCGGGCCGCGAUUCGUGCCGGGCAAAAUCCUGCUGAGUCCUUCGGGCGCCAGCACGUUUAUUCCGGGCCAGGUGCUGUACAGUAGCGAUCGCGGUUCCGUUUUCGUACCUGGCAACAUCGUGGACACGAAUUCCGGUCCUUACUUUGUGCCCGGACGAGUGGUAGACCUGCCCAACGGCGGCAUCAAAUUCCUGGCCGGUGAGAUCAUCGAAACGGAUUCUGGGCCGCGUUACGUCACCGAGCACGAAACGGAUUUGGACCUGCUAGACGAAGCCGAAGACCAGAAGGAGAUUGUCGUUCAAGGUUUCGCCGUGACUCCCGAAGAGCUGCGUUUGAUCACGGCCUACCCUUUCGCCGCGUUGCACUACCCUUUGAAAGACGGCGACUCCAUCAUCAAUUCGCGCAUGUUGAGACAAAUGGCCGCCGCCGGAGUGGCCGUCAGCAAGUUAACCAACAACCCCAACGCGAACAACAACAGUGGAGACGUCAAGGUCGUAGCCCCGAAAGACGUUGAUGAGUCGAUAUUGGGCGCCAACGUCUUCCGUAUGACGGAGCCGGAGCCACCCAAACCCAAGAAGCCCAAGGCCGCUCCGGCUAUUCUUGGCGAGAAACUGCCCGUAGAAACGAAGGUGAUGGAGGCAGAGCCGCUGAAAUUAGCGGUGAAGGUGGGAGGCGAACCGCCACCCGACGUGAAAUGGUUCAAGGAUCCACCGGGCACAGAAGUCGUUCCCGACGAGCGAACAAGCGUCACGAUGUCUCCAGAAGGUAUGGCCGAGCUGGAAAUCAACGCUGCCGAUCCGGAGAAAGAUUCCGGCAAAUACACGAUGGUGGCCGUCAAUGAAACGGGGCAGGUGACGAGCCAGACGGUCGUCGAUGUUCAAAAGAAACACGAAGAGCCGAAAGUUGUAGGCGACACGUUGCCAGCUGACACCAAAGUUAUGGAAGACGAGCCGCUUACGUUGAAGUUGAAGGUCGGUGGUAAUCCCCUGCCGGAUGUCAAAUGGUACAAAGAUCCACCCGGGCACGAAGUGAUUCCCGACGAGCGCACGAGAAUCAGUCUGUCACCAGACGGAACUGCUGAGCUGGCCAUCGAUUCGGCCAAUCCCGCCACCGAUGCUGGCCAGUACAAAAUGGUAGCCACUAACGAGCUGGGCCAAUUAACUGCCCAGACUAAUGUCAACGUCGAAAAGAAACCGAGGAAAGCCGCCAUCGAAGAAGCCCUUCCUGCCAAAGUGACCACGUUCCAGGGUCAGCUUUUGAAGUUAACAGCCAAAGUGAGUGGACAUCCUCCACCCAACGUCAAAUGGUACAAGGAUCCGCCCGGAACUGAAGUGACUGCCGAUGACAGGACAACCAUUGAACUACUACCAGACGGAUCUGCUUCACUGGAAAUCGCUUCAGUCGAUCCGGCAAAGGAUUCCGGCCAGUAUAAAAUGGUCGUUAUGAAUGGAUCGGGCCAAGCAACGAGCCAGUCGGCCGUCGAAGUGUCCAAGAAGCCCAUGAAAGCCACGGUGGAGGAGAAUUUGGCCUCGUCAGUCAUCGCGUACCACGGCGAACCGUUAAAAUUAAAAGUCAAAGUCAGCGGCAAUCCUCUGCCCAACGUCAAAUGGUUCAAGGACGACAAAGAACUGACGUCUGACGGACGUAUGGCGAUCACUUUGUCACCGGACGGAACGGCCGAAUUCGAAAUCGCCUCAGCAGAUUCAACAAAAGACAGCGGGAAAUACAAGAUGGUGGCAGUGAAUGCAACAGGACAAAGCACUAGCGAAACAACCGUCGACGUGCAGAAAAAUAAGCCGAAAAAGGCAACGAUUGACGAGAAUCUGUCCUCAUCCGUGACGGCCUAUCACGGCGAUCCGCUGAAGCUCAAGCUCAAAUUAAGUGGAUUCCCGCUGCCCGAAGUCAAGUGGUUCAGAAAUGACGACGAACUGAAAUCAGACGAGCGAAUGACGAUGCAAGUGUUGCCGGAUGGGACCGCGCAGCUGGACAUCCUUUCGGCCGACAUGGCCAAAGAUGGCGGACAAUACAAGAUGGUAGCUGUGAACGCGACGGGACAAGUGACCUCCCAAACUGUGGUCAAAAUCCAAAAGAAACCGGAAUCGCCGUCUCUUCAGGGCGACAAACUGCCCGUCGAAACCAAAGUGAUGGAAGCAGAGCCGCUGAAAUUGUCCGUCAAACUCAACGGCCAUCCGCUGCCGGACGUCAAAUGGUACAAAGACCCGCCCGGCACCGAAGUCGUCGCUGACGAUAGAACUGAAAUCAAAUUAUUACCAGACGGAACGGCCAAAUUAGAAAUCCAUUCGGCCGAUCCAGCCGUUGAUUGCGGCCAAUACAAAAUGGUGGCCAUCAACUCGUUGGGUGAAGUAACCAGCGAAACGGCCGUACAUGUUGAGAAGAAACCGAAGAAAGCCGCCAUCGAAGAAACCCUGCCAGCCAAAGUAACAACUUUCCAAGGCCAGCUCUUAAAAUUAACGGCCAAAGUGAGCGGACACCCUCCGCCCAACGUGAAAUGGUUCAAGGAUCCACCGGGAAGCGAAUUGAUUGCUGACGGCCGGACGACGAUGGAACUGCUGGCCGACGGAACUGCCACAUUGGAAAUCGCUUCGGUCGAGCCAGACCGAGAUUCCGGCCAGUAUAGGAUAGUGGCUUCGAAUGCGACGGGCCAAGCCAUCAGCCGUUCGGCCGUCGAAGUAUCGAAACAGCCGAUGAAGGCAACAGUGGACGAGAACUUGGCAUCGUCAGUCAUCGCCUAUCACGGCGAACCUCUCAAAUUGAAAGUCAAAGUCAGUGGCAAUCCUCUGCCAAGCGUCAAAUGGUACAAAGAUGAAAAGCAACUGGUUGCCAAUGAGCGCAUGGAAAUCAAAUUGUCGGCCGACGGAAUGGCCGAAUUCGAAAUUGCCUCGGCAGACUGGACGAAAGACAGCGGCCAAUAUAAGAUGGUGGCAGUGAAUGCAACGGGACAAGUAACAAGCGAGACAACCGUCGAUGUUCAACAGAACAAGCCACAAAAGGCUUCGAUUGACGAAAGCCUAUCCGCGUUGGUAACGGCCUAUCACGGCGAACCGUUGAAAUUAAAGGCGAAAGUCAGCGGCCAUCCUCUCCCCGAUGUCAAAUGGUACAAGGGCGAGAAAGAGAUGAAAACUAACCAACGCGUAACAAUCAAAUUAUCGCCGGAUGGCGUGGCCGAAUUCGAAAUCCAUUCGGCUGACUCGGCCAAAGAUUCCGGCCAGUAUAAAAUGGUAGCUGUCAAUGCUAGUGGCCAAGUCACCAGCCAAUCCAUCGUCGACGUCCAAAGAAACAAGCCAAAGAAGGCCAGCAUUGAUGAAGCGCUGUCUUCUUCCGUAACGGCCUAUCACGGCGAGCCGCUCAACUUGAAACUGAAACUAAGUGGAUAUCCUCUGCCGGAGGUGAAAUGGUUCAAAGACGACAAGGAACUCGUUGCCAACGAACGUACCAAAAUCAAACUGUCUCCGGAUGGAACAGCCGAAUUGGAAAUUCCCUCGGCCGAUGUGGCAAAAGAUUGCGGACAGUACAAAGUCAUCGCCGUCAACGCCAUGGGCCAAGUUACGAGUGAAACUGCUGUCGAUAUCCAAAAGAAAACUGAAGCCCCCACCAUCAUGGGUGACGAGCUGUCGGCUGAAAUCAAAGUCAUGGAGACAGAGCCAUUAAAACUGACGUUGAAAGUUGGCGGUAAUCCGCUGCCUGACGUGAAAUGGUUCAAAGAUCCACCUGGACACGAACUGUUCCCCGACGAAAGGAUGACAAUCAAAUUGUCUUUGGACGGCACUGCCGAACUGGAAAUCGCCUCGGCUGAUUCAACGUGCGACUCUGGUCAAUACAAAAUGAUAGCCGUGAACGCGUUGGGCCAAUCGAUUGCAGAGACGAAGGUCAACGUCGAAAAGAAACCGAAACAGGCCACAAUCGACGAAGAACUUCCCCCCAAAGUGACGGCCUACCAAGGCCAGCUCCUGAAACUAACGGCCAAAGUGAGUGGCCAUCCUUUGCCAGUAGUAAAAUGGUUUAAAGAUCCACCCGGAAAAGAAUUGGUCAAUGAUGAGAGAACCACCAUCCGACUGUUGGAAGACGGAACUGCUGAGCUGGAAAUCACGUCAGUCGAUCCGGACAAAGAUACCGGAGCAUACCGGAUGGUCGUUAUCAAUCCAUUGGGUGAAGUGAGCAGCAAAACUGCUGUUCACGUCUCGAAGAAACCGAAGAAAGCAACACUGGACGAAGCCUUGUCUUCCUCUGUCGUAGCCUAUCACGGCGAGCCGCUGAAGUUGAAGCUCAAAGUCAGCGGCAAUCCACUGCCGGAUGUUAAAUGGUUCAAAGACGACCGAGAAUUGACAUCCGACGAUCGUAUGAAAAUCAGCUUGUCACCAGACGGAACGGCGGAAUUGGAAAUCGCUUCAGCAGAUUCAGCGAGAGACAGUGGCCAGUACAAGGUGACGGCAGUUAAUGCGACUGGGCAAGUGACGAGCGAGACAAGCGUCGAUGUUCAGAAGAACAAGCCGAAAAAAGUGACGAUCGAAGAAAAUCUGGCGUCAUCGUUGACCGUCUUCCACGGCGAACCGAUGAAACUCAAACUCAAAUUAAAUGGCUACCCGCUUCCGGAUGUCAAGUGGUAUAAAGACGACAAUGAACUGGUGGCCGACGAGCGUAUCGCAAUCAAUUUAUCAGCCGAUGGGACGGCAGAGCUCGACAUCCCUUCGGCUGAUUCAGCCCAAGAUUCUGGACAAUACAGACUCAUCGCCGUCAACGCGCUGGGUCAGAUAACUAGCCAAACUAUUGUCGACGUACAAAAGAGCCGGCCGAAGGAAGCCACGAUCGACGAGGCUUUGGCUUCUUCACUUGUCGUCCACCACGGCCAGCCGCUGACAUUGAAGCUCAAAUUGAGUGGCUAUCCUCUACCGGAAGUCAAAUGGUUCAAAGACGGAAAGGAACUGAAAGCAAACGAACGUAUGACUAUCAAAUUGUCGACGGACGGAACUGCGGAGUUGGAAAUCUCAUCGGCCGAUUCGGCUUGCGAUUCCGGCGAGUACAAAGUUGUUGCCAAAAACCCAAUGGGUCAAGUAACGAGCCAAACUGUCGUCGACGUCCAGAAGAAAACGGAAGCGCCCACAUUGCUCAGCGACAAGUUGCCGGAAUCGACGAACGUUACCGAAGGCGAUUCGUUGAAAUUGAGUGUCAAAGUUGGUGGCGAUCCGCUGCCCGACGUCAAAUGGUUCAAAGAUGGCCAAGGACUCGUUCAAAAUGAACGGACAGACAUCCAAUUGCUCCAGGAUGGAACCGCAAAACUGGAAAUCACGAAAACCGAUCCAGUCAAAGACGCUGGCGAGUACAAAGUAGUUGCCAAAAACUCGAAAGGUCAAGUGACGAGCCAAACGGACGUCAACAUCGAGAAGAAAACGGAAGCGCCCACUUUCCUCGGCGACAAGUUGCCGGAAGCGACGAAAAUCAUCGAAGGCGAUUCGUUGAAAUUGAGCGUCAAAGUAGGUGGCGAUCCACUGCCCGACGUCAAGUGGUUCAAAGACGGCCAAGGACUCGUUCAAAAUGAACGGACAGACAUCCAAUUGCUUCAGGAUGGAACUGCCAAACUGGAAAUCACAAAUGCAGAUCCAGUUAAAGAUGCCGGAAUCUACAAAAUGGUGGCCAAAAACACCACCGGUCAAAUAACCAGCCAGACAACCGUAAACAUUGAAGAAAGACAAAAGGAAGCCACAAUCGAUGAAGCUCUUCCGGCCAAGACGAUGGCUUUCCAGGGCCAGAUGCUGAAGCUGACAGUCAAAGUGGGCGGAAACCCUUUGCCCGACGUGAAAUGGUACAAGGAUGGAACCGAAUUGACUCCCAACGAUCGGACGGCAAUGCGAUUGCUGCCGGAUGGAACUGCCCAAUUGGAAAUCGUUUCAGCCGAUUCAGCCACGGAUUCCGGCCAGUAUCAAAUAGUGGCCGAGAAUUCUAUGGCUCUCGUAACCAGCGAAACUGCCGUGCGUGUCACGAAGAAACCGAAAAAAGCGACGGUCGACGAGGAGUUGUCUUCCACCGUGACAGCCUAUCAUGGCGAUCCGAUGAAACUGAAAGUCAAAGUCAGCGGCAAUCCGUUGCCGGAGAUCAAAUGGUACAAGGAUAACGAAGAAUUGAUUCCCGACGAGCGACUGGACAUUCAAUUGCUUCCAGACGGAACGGCAGCGCUGGAAAUCGCAUCGGCCGAUUCAUCCAAAGACGGAGGUCUCUACAAAAUGGUGGCCGUCAAUCCGACGGGCCAAAGUAUCACGCAGACGACCGUCGAUGUCAAACGAUACAAACCCAAACUGGCCAGCAUCGACGAAGGCUUACCACCCGUGGUGACGGCCGUGCAGGGCCAACCGUUGAAACUGAGUGGCAAAGUGAGCGGCCACCCUCAACCGGAGGUCAAAUGGCUCAAGGACGGUCGUCUCAUCCAUCCGGGCAAUGCAAACAUGUCUCACCUGGCCGACGGCACCGUCUCCUUGGAAAUCAAAUCGGCCAGGUCAGCGGACGCCGGCAAAUACACGCUGUCCGUUCUAAACGAAUUGGGGGAAAACGAGUGCGAUACGGUGGUAGAGAUCGAAGCGCUUCCGGUGGAAUCGCCGCCACCUGUUCCGAGUGACAACAUGAACGAUCCGCUGAUCCUCGAUUUCUUCAAGCGCAUCAAAACAGAUUUGGAAUCGGUGGAGAACGAUCCGUACAUUAGGGAAACGCUGGAAGCGGCCGAAGCGCUAGCGCAAACCGGCGGAAGACUCGAUUUAGCCAAGACGAUCCGCACAUUGUUGGACAUUCUCAAAAAUACGGAACGCGACCCCGAGGUGGUAGACCUCAUAUUCGGCAUCCUGCGCUCGAGGCAAAGUAAAAAACCACCCAGUGGACUUGACUCGUCCGCGUUGCACGGAUUGCUGGGCCGAGCCUUAACCAAUAAGUUGGGAUGGGCCAAGUCGCCGGCCGGCACCGAACUUGCAGGUUCCUCCGUCCCAACGAGACCCGUCGAUCUGAGAGGCUUAGACGGUCCGCACGCAAAUCAAAACGGAUCCAAAUCGCCCAUCGACGAAAGUAAAUUAGUCGACAAAUGGCAAUACCUGAACGGACCGGUUGAGAAAACAAACAACAGCGGCGGUCGAUUACGUAAAAUCUCAGCCGAGAGACGUCAUCCUCGUCGGGUGACGUCACGUAGCUCUUCGUUCGCUCGUAACAUGGACCUGUCGGAGGAGGCGAGUGACGAUCCAGACAUCGAUGAGUCAGGAUUGGGCGUCAACGCUUCGCCUAGGGUCUUUGAUCCCAGCAACCCGAUCCCUACGGUGAUCAACAGCGCCAAAGACAUUUCGCACUACGUCAUCGACACGUUGCGCUAUUCUCGAGACGAAGCCAAGAAGGAAUACUACACGCAAAAGAUCCUCGAGGCGGUUGGAUUGUCGUAUUCGGGUCCUCGCUCGUCCAGCAACGAAUCCGAGGAUGGAUGGAAAUCCACCCCAGCAUCACGCAAAUCCAGCAAUAAUCCGUCGCGCAAAACGUCUCACAAUUCUCCGGCCUCGGCUUGCAUCAUUUUGAAGGAUUUCUUGCAGACGAUUGUGCCGGCCGAAGCGGCCCACAACGUCCUCAUCGGCCAAAUCGAUUACAUGAUCAUCGACGACGAGGGCGUGCGCUACUUUGAAUCGGCUCAUGGGUUCGCCAGUCGCCGCAACAGCCGCUACGAUAUCCGCCUAGCGGCGCAAGAAACUCUGAAAGCCAAUCGUUCCCGCAGCGGAAGCGUCGAACCAACCAACAACGCAAUCAACGAGGAAGCAGCAGCUGCUCAGGGUCCUUGGCCCUGGGCAGAUGUCGGGCCACGUUCCCGCCGUGCCAGCAUCGACGAAUUCCGCAAAAGGCUCCUGGAACAGGACGCCAGCAUCUCGAACAAAACCCGCCGCAGCUCAAGUCGAGAGCGUCCGCCUUCCGGCAGCUUCCACUCGAUUCACCAACCACACGGAAGACACUCCGUGGCAGCUUUCCCUCUCAGCCGCAACAGCAGCAGUGGCUACGUCUCGCCCAUGGCGUCGGCCAGGAGCCGCCGAGGUAGUUUAGCAGAGGAUUAUUGCGCCCUGUACGGAUUAAACGCCGCUGGAGCCGCCAACGCGGCUCUCAUGCGUAAGCGCAAAGUAGGAACAGCCGGAUCGAUGGAUGGAGCAACCAGUAGCAUUAGCAGCAGCAGCACCAGUCGAUCUAAACGAUUUAGUCAAGCAUCUUUCGACGAGUCUUACUGAUGAAAUUAAACUAUACGCCCAAGCGCAGGCCUUUGUUGUUGGGCCGUUUGGGCCUCGGUCGUUUCGUCCCGUUUGGUUGUUGUCGUCAAUUUGAAAAUGUUGGGAUUCGAAAACAAGAAGAGUGAUAAGAAUAAAGUCAUCACUCGCCACUGUUGAUUGAGCUGUGUUUGGCCUGUUGUCGAUUGCGUUGUUCUAAUUUUAGUUUUGCGUCCUCCGAAAAAAAACAAACAGAAGUUGUCAGCAGAGAAAACGGAAAAAGAGAGAAUUGGAGGCAAUGAUGAUAGUCCUUCAUUUGCAAUGAUCUUCUUAAACGAUGAUUGGUGAUGGUGUAGAGUGUGGUAUUCUUCAGUUUUGAAUAGUGUGUCUUGUAACAGAAUCCCUCCAAAAAUCCCCUCUCGAAAAUGAUGCAAUCGAUACUUUGUAGUGAUAUUUGUUUGGUGAUGCUGGUGGAUCCACGGUGAUUGUUGCGUAUAAAAAACUGUAUACACCACCACCGCCGCCACCCGCACAAUUGGUCAACAUCCCUAUCAUCCUCCCUGCUUGAUCGUGUAAAUAUAAUCGACACGUUUUAACUGAA